CGCAAAACGUGAAGUUUGCCAUGUUGUAUCAUUUCUUUAACUUUUCUUGUAAUGUGUUACUAAAACAGCUGAAAUUUUGAAAAAUGUACAACAACAUCGGUUUGCAGACUGCCCGUGGGUCAGGCACGAACGGCUAUGUGCAAAGGAACUUGUCUCUUCUUCGUAGUAGGAAGGAUAAAAUCGAGUACCACACUAAUGAGGAUCUUGCCAAAUUGGAACAAAUGAACACGAAAAAACCAAAUCAAGAGAUCUUAGAGCACGAAAGGAAACGACAGAUUGAGCUUAAGUGUAUCGAGCUACAAGAAGUAAUGGAAGAACAAGGAUAUAAUGACAGUGAAAUAGAAACCAAGGUUGAAGAGUUGCGCUGCAUUCUCUCUGAACAAUCAGGCAUUGGGUCCAAGAACAACAAAGAAGGAAAGCCCACUGUUACAGAAACACAUCAGAUGGCAGAAGCUAAUGAGCAGAAGAAUGCUAAACUGAAAGAAGCUCUUGGAAUUAAAGAGGAUUACAAAGAUGGCUCGUCAUUUGAUCAAGAACUGAAGGCAGCUCAAAGAGCUUCUGAGCAGUCAGCCAAGGCAGCAAAACAAAAAGAGCUGGAGAAGCAGAGAGAGAAGGAGCAAAGUAGAAGAGCAAAGGAGGAAUCGCCACCAAAGAAGAAAAAGAGAAAGCGUACUCCUGUGUCUGAGUCUUCAGAUGAGAGGAGUCGCUCAGACAGUUCUGAGAACAAGUCUGAGAGGGAGUCCUCACCAGUCAGACGCAAAAAAAAGAAAAAGCGCAAAGAAAGGACACCAGAAGAAAGUUCUUCAGAGUCUGAGUCAGACAGUCGAAAAUCAAGAAAGAAGAGGAGAGACAAAGAUAGAAGCGAUGAUGGUCGCAAACGUUCCCGUAAAGCUGAGAGCCCAGAUAAAAACCGCAAGUCUCGAAAGAAAGACAAGGAAGAAAAAGCAGCCAAGCAAAAGGAGAGACACGUCAGUUCAGAGGAUGAAAAGCCACGAAGAAGACAAAGAAAAGAUUCAGAAAGUAGUUCAGAGAGUGAAAGCCCUCCAAGGCGUGACAAGAGGAAGCAACAGAGAAAGGAUAAAACAAAAAGAAAUGACCAUCGUAGUCCAUCAACGGACAAAGAAAAUGUCCCAAGACUCCAACGCAAUAGAUCCCCGUCUCCAGAUAAUUCCUCCCCUGAAAAAGUUAAAUCUCGUCGACAGCAACAUCUUGACAAGUCUGAUACGAGAAGAGAAAGGAAAAUGCGAGAUGAACAUGAAAAUCGACAAAAUGAAGAACGUGUGAGACAAGAACGUGACCGCGAGGAACGUGACGAUCGUGCGCGUUACGAUCGAUCACGUGCAGAACGGGAUCACUCACCCGAUGAUCGCGUGCGCGGGGAGCGUGUAAGGCUACGUCGUAGUGGAAAUGGAGAUCGACAAUCUCCAGAGAAAGAUCGGUCAUUGUCUGAGAAUGGUGUUCGUGAAAGGCAGCAGCGUCGUGUUGAUCGGUCGAGCUCUGCAGAAAAAUCAUCUGAGGUAAGAAAGAAGAGAAAGCAGCGGGACGCACGAAGCUCUUCUGAAGAACGGUCGGAAGGACGACGUGAACCUGAUGAAGAAAGGCCUGAAACAAGGCGUCGAAAGUCGAGUCCCAUCCCUGAGCAGUCAAGAAUCACAACCAGGAAGGAAGAUUCUCGUGAGAGAGAAGAAAACCGUCGACCACAACAGAGGGAAAACUUUAACUCCAGAAAUGGCGACAGCAAGGCGAGUGGCCGAAUGCGACGUGAUAUUACUCCCGAGGACAGAAACCGGCGACGUAGUUCAUCAAGAGAAGAUAGAAGGAAUCGAAAAAAACAGUCGCCUUCUCCUGACGAUAGGCAGCGCGUAGAAGGUAUACGAAGAAGCCGCAACCAAGAGCGCUCUGAGAGUCCUCCGAAAGAGACCCGACGGAGGACCAGACAGUCUGCAUCGCCAUCUCCUGAUGCAAGGAGGCAAAGAGGAAGGUUACCCAGCGAGUCUCCUCCUCCUCCUCCACCAAAAGUGGCUGCUAGCAAGAAGAAAGAAGUACCAAGUGAUAGCCAAAAGAAAGUGAAACGAACGACAAAGAGUAAGGCCCAAGAGAAACGGUCCAGUUCAGAAGAGAGUUCUUCUAGUAGUUCGUCCGAAUCUGCGUCAGAGUCCGAGGACGGAUCAUCGCAUAGCAGCCGUGUGUCACCUGUGCUGACCAAGCACAAGUCAUCGCCUGAUACAAGUGAACAAAGAACUCAAAAGAAGAGGCCUUCUCCGUCACCUCGCCGUGCUAGUCCCAGUCCUUCACCCGUGAAACAAUCCAGGCGGUCUUCAGAUAAAGCUGCACCUCCAAGACGACGAAAACCUAGUAGAACCCCAAGCCCACCGCCUGCGCGUCGAAGGUCCCCAGCGAGUCCACCCCCAGCACGUAGGGUAUCUCGAAGCCCACCCCCAGUACGUAGAAGGUCGUCCCCGAGCCCGCCCCCUGUAAGGAGAAGGCUGUCUCCAAGUCCUCUUCGUUCUAAGCCUAUGAGACGAAACCGAAGUAGAAGUAGAUCGGAAGAAAGAUCAAGAAGAGAUCGAUCAGUGAGCCCCAAAUCUGCGAGGAGGCGUAGUCAAAGCCCAAGGCAUUCGCCUUCCCCUGCUUUACAACCUCGGCGGCGGCGUCCUUCUAGAAGUGUAACUCCCCCAAGACCCACCAGAAAGCCCAGUUCGUCACCUCCUCGAAGUCAACCUGCACGAGGCUCCAAUCAGCGCCGAAGAAGAAGCGUCAGUCGCAGUCCUCGGCGUUCCCCACCUACCCAGUUCCGCAGGCGUCGACCUUCUAGAAGCCUGAGCCCACCAAAACCCAAAAGAAGCCCAAGCCCUAUCAGAAGGCGCAGGUCAAGAAGCCCGGCUCCUGCUGGAGGCUCUUAUCGGCGUCAAAGUAGAAGCCCUUCGAGAAGCCCAAGUCGUGGUCCAAGGCGCUCUCCGCCCAAGCAAACGCGGAAGCGUAGACAGUCCAGAAGUGUAACCCCGCCAAGAAAUCGACCGGCGCCAAAAAAAUCUCCUGCUCGAGAUAGUCCUGUUCAAAGGCGCAGCCGAACUCCUAGUGCGUCGCCUGUUCGUAGAAAGGACAAAGUGACGGAACACGAGUCAUCUCCUGUUCAGGCAAGAGGUCGAGAUACACGUGAAUCGGCGGAGAGGAGUAGCCAGGAACCUCCGCGUAAAAGAGUGGCUCAAGAGAAAAACCAGAAGAUUGAGGUGGCGAAGCCAAGUAAAACGAAAAACGCAGAAAGCCGAUCCCGGAAGAAAAGCAGUAGCGAAAGUGGAAGCGAAAGUAGCUCAGAAAGCCAGAGUAGUGACAGUGAAAGUAGUGAAGACAGUAGUAGUGGAUCGAGCAGCAGUGACGAGGAGUCUGGGUCCAACAGCAGUAGUUCCUCUGACGUUAAGCAAAGGCGAUAAGCGGUGGUUUCGUUCAAAGGGGUUGAACAUGCAGCUUAUGUUAACCAAUAGACAGGUGGCACAUAGAGUAUGCACAGUUGUAAUUAAGGCAGUUUUUUUUGCCGUUGACUGUUUCUCUCUCAGAUAGUUUUUUAUCCUACGUGUGGAUUCGUUACUUUCGUAGACAAAGUUGCCGGGAAAUUUGACCGAGCUGACCCCACCUUUUACGGAGAACCUUGUGCUGUUCUCUGAUUGGACAAUUUGGAAUUCCGAACGAAGCUUUACUUGUUCGGCUCUCUGUUAGUGAAUUUACUUUUAAACAGUUGGUAGUUACCUCGAAUUUUGCGAUGUUUACUAGGAUUAAGUCUGAGUUUUACUUUGGGAAUAUCGCAACAUUGAUAAUUUACUAGCUUCCCCUGUUUUUUUCCUUGUUUUGAAAUGAAUGUCAGCAGACAUCCCCAGAGAACAGACCCUUAGUUGAGAAACUUACCAAAAUGGGUUGUAACAGUACUUUGAUGUGAACUAGAGUCUUUCCUGAGGCAACUAGAAUACUGGCAAAAAGCAGAUUUCGACUUCAUCAAAAGGAAUUGAAACGAAAGCUUAAGCUUUUACACGAUUUUUUUACUGUAUAUGGAAUAUCCGAGAGCCACUCCUGUUAGAAAAUCCGUACUCUUAGAAUCAUAGCGAAAUAAACAGUGUUUUUCACUUG